GGGAAGGAAGGAGUGUUCGUCAUCAAUCUGGCAGAGGAGUAUAUAUUUUUGCGAAUCGUUCUUCAGACUUCCAGAGCAGCAUAACUAACGAUGACGACGAGGGGCUCGCGCGGUUCGUCCAUCGACGCACGGGCAGCCAUAGCCAUGGCCAUCGUCACGGCCAUACCGGUUCUCGGUACUUUUCCGUCGGUCCAGAAUGCGGGGGCGCAAAAUCAGCCAAAGAGAGCAGUCGGGUAGAUUAAAGGAAAUGCGGGCGAGUGGGUUGGCUGGUUGGUUAUUCGCGGAAAGACUCUCCGGUAGCUGUGCCCACUGCUCAGUACCCAGUGCCCAGUGCCCAGUGCGAACUGCGAACUGUGAACUGCGAACUACGAACUGCCCACUGCCCAUACCUAUCGGUACAUACCAUACACCGAUACUUUUAGAACAUUAUUGCACCGUACGUGGUCGGCUUAUUCGACGCCCUGCGAAAGCCAACAACAGCAUAAUGGCCCUCCCUGCGUCCCUCAGGAACCUUAUAACCGCAAUGGAUCAGAUCCCCGGAGAAAAAGUUUACAUUGGCGGGUAUAUAUCAUCCACCCUUUGCACACACAAGCCCCCCGGACCCCCCCAUGAUGUGUUAUGCAUCGGGGUGGGGUGUACAUGGACGCGUGAAAAGGGUGGCGGUGGUUAAUUCAUGUGUGGGGAGUGCCAUAGGAUGUUCGCUCUCCGCGAGAAGACCGACAUGAAAGCAAAGGCCAUCACCCAUGUGCUCAGUGUACUGCGGCUGC